UGAACAGAGUAGGUAGUUAAUUCGUUUAUCAUUGUGUUGAGUGAUUAGUUAGCAGCUAGAUAUGGCUAGCCAAAUUCAACCUAUGAAGAUUGGGCAUUACUUACUUGGUCCUACUUUGGGUGUUGGCACAUUUGGUAAAGUGAAGAUUGCAACACAUCAUAUUACUGGACACAAAGUUGCGGUCAAAAUCUUGAAUAGAAGGAAAAUCAAAUCACUUGAUGUUGUUAGCAAAAUCAAGAGAGAGAUUCAAAAUUUGAAGUUGUUUCGUCACCCCCAUAUUAUCAAGCUUUAUCAGGUUUUCAGCACCCCUACUGAUAUAUUUAUGGUGAUGGAAUAUGUUCCUGGAGGCGAGUUAUUUGACUACAUUGUGAAAAAUGGAAAACUGAAGGAAUUUGAAGCUAGGAAAUUUUUUCAGCAAAUUAUUUCAGGAGUUGAUUACUGCCAUCGGCAUAAAGUAGUUCAUCGUGAUCUGAAGCCUGAAAAUUUACUUCUCGACAGCAAUCGUAAUGUACGAAUUGCUGAUUUUGGUUUGUCUAAUAUGAUGUCGGAUGGGGAAUUUCUCAACACAAGUUGUGGUUCACCCAAUUAUGCAGCUCCAGAGGUUAUAUCAGGAAAGUUGUAUGCUGGACCUGAGGUUGAUGUAUGGAGCAGUGGCAUCAUUUUGUAUGCUUUGUUAUGUGGAACUCUGCCAUUUGAUGAUGAGCAUAUCCCUAGUCUGUUCAGAAAGAUAAGAAGUGGAGUUUUUGACGUUCCUCAUUAUUUGGACAAAGGAGCAGCAAGUCUUAUCAAACACAUGCUAAGAGUUGAUCCAAUGAAAAGAGCGACAGUUGAAGAUAUUCGAGGAUAUCCCUGGUUUCAGCAGGAUUUACCGAGAUAUUUGUUUCCAGAGGAAGGAAAUACCAGUGAUAUCAUUAACGAAGAUGCAUUGGCUGAGGUAUGUAAAAAGUUUGAAGUUUCUGAAGAUGAAGUUAUACAUGCAUUGAAACAUAAUGGACCUGAGGAUCCACUGAACGUUGCUUAUCAUUUGAUUAUUGAUAACAAGAUAAUCUACAGCCAAGCUCAAGAUUUUUUCUUGGCACAGAGCCCACCUAAGGGUGGCUUUAACUUGAUGAGUCCACAUGUAGCACGACCAUCUUCUCAUCCUGAGCGUAUUGCACCAUUGAUGGAUGCAGUUCCAACAGGCUUACCCCCAGUCGCAGAUCCUGCUGCGAAUGUACGACCACGUCCUGCAACAAUGAAAAAGGCAAAAUGGCAUUUGGGAAUCAGAUCCCAGAGCAAACCCAGAGAUAUCAUGUAUGAGGUCUUCAGAGCAAUGAAACGACUCCAAUUUGAGUGGAAAAUAAUCACACCAUACCAUGUUCGUGUAAGAAGAAUGAAUCCUGUUAGUGGCCAUGUCAACAAAAUAAAUCUUCAGCUCUACCAAGUUGACUACAAAAGCUAUCUUCUUGACUUCAGUAGCCUAGCAGAGGAUAUACCUAGAAGCAUGGAAAGUAGUUUCAGUAGUGAAGAUAUGUUGUCACGACAACGUCCAAAAUCGAUGGGAUUUGAAAUUCCAGGACCAUCUUCGGUGCCAUCCCAGAUGGCUGUUGAUGUUCCAGAAGACACUUCUCAACUCAGUUCAUCUGAAGCAUCUUCGCUGCCCAAACCUCAAAUGUCACCUGAUCGCACCAGUUUGAAAAGCCUAGGGCCUCCCGGUAUUCACCACACGAUGGAAUUUUUUGAAAUGUGUUCAAGUCUGAUAACGUCACUUGCAAGAUAGGCAAAAAUCACACUCACGCACAUAUUGCUUUCAAAAAUUUGUCAAACCCAAAUAAGCCAGGACUCCUAAGGAGAUAGCUACACGUAUUGCAUGAAUACCACCAAAUAUGUACAUAGUAUUGAAAUUUUGUAUUAUUAUAAGUACCUGUUGGAAACCGAACUAAUGAAUUGUCACAGAUAACUGUUAAUGCUUCAGGUCCCAUCAUGCGAAAUCAUGGCGAACAUAGGAUUGUGAAUUUUUGAAAAUUGUGUAUUUGAUGCUAUGUAGUUGUGAAAUUAUCAAUUUAUAAUGGAAAGCAUUCAAAGGAGUAUAUAUUCUUGUCCUGCUGGUAAUUCCUCCAAUUAUUUGACAUUGGUUAAAAAAAGCAAUAAUGAAUGAAAGAAAUGUGAAUUACGGUUUGUACUUGCUAUAUAGUUAAACUGCAAAAUUAUAUUCAGUGUGUGUAUGAAAAAUGACUGAAAAAAAUAUCCAGAAGCUAGUUUUCACGUUUGUUGUCAUCUUCUCAUGUUAUAUUAUAAAAUGUGGUUUACAAAUUACAAGAUUUCAAAUUACGUUGUUGAUUAAUCGUCGUUUACCACAACCCAUUGCCAUUUUAAUUGAAUUUCUGGUUUCAUGUGCAUUUAAAUAUAUUUAGGAUGCAAUUGGUGAUUUUAUCUACAUUGUACAAACAAUUUGAAGUAAACCUGUUGCAGCCUAGACAAAAAUGUUCCUUUGAUGCAUUGGUUGUGAACUGUAUUAUUAUAUUUUGUUUUUCUCAAAUUAUUUUGUAUCUUUCUGAUUCAAUGUUUAUUCUUCUAGUGUAUUUUAUGUGAGUAUGCAUUUUAUGGAUGAUUUUUUGCCAGCAGACGUAUGACCUGGUAUGUAUAUAAAAUUGGUCCUCGAUGAAGAGCUCCAGAAAAUUUUUAAAUUACUCUUGCUCGGUUUGGAAUGUUAGUAGACAUGAUGCGACAAAUUUAAUUAGUUGUUUCAUUCUUUUUGCCCUGUAGUUCUUGGAUAACGUACCAUGUUCACAGUAGUCAUCUGCAGCCUCUCACCAGUUUCCUUCCCAGUAAAAUGGAAACCUGUUAGAAGUUAGUGAUCCUGCCUAUUAUUUAGAAAAACUUAUUGCAUGUUUCAAUUGAUCUGAUCAUUCCUGUUUAAAUGCCUUCACAAAGAAAUUAUGUUUAUCGAAAUAUUGCUUUUUUAAAAUCAUAUGAUGCAUACUCAACUUUGUGAAGAUUUGACACAAAUCCCUUAUUUCUAAUGUUCAGAUCAUCAUCAGUAUCUGAGCAAUUGGAGGGUACCAGAUUCACUAAACUACUCAUGAACGUAAUUUGAUAGUUUUGCACUUUUUGAACGUCUUGUAAAUUAUAAAAUGGUUUGCUUUGCUGAGUUGUCUCUUCUCUGAGACACUAACUUCUGAAAUACGUGCUUGUUUCAUUAAUUCCAUAGUGUGUAUUGUUUGCUUCAAGGUGUAAUAAACACCAAAAACUAUAAAUUGGUGUUACAACUGGAGGUUUAGAAAGUUUGAUAUAUACUCAAAAGUGUUUUUGCUCAACUUAAACGCACUUUGAAGUAUUAGUAACAGUUGAUUUUUUUCAUUAGAACUUGUAACGCUCAGUGGGUGGCAUGGGAAUGUACUAAUACAUUUGUCCGAUGCAAAUAAAAUAUGUUCAUCAAUGCCAA